AUGUACGAAGCAGCCCAGGCAAAAGCCGCUGAAGGCGCUAUCGGCGCUGACGCAUGGCCUCAACUCAACUUCAAUGGGAACAACACCACAAGCACAGCGCUGGGGCUUCCGGAGGGGGCGACAUACUCGCUGGUUCACCUUCAAGCCACCGCACAGGGAGGGGGCAGCUUAGCAACAGGUCACGGUACUUGCAAGGCACAUGUACGAGUACCUGAACAUCCCGGCCGCGCUGGUGGUGAGGGUGAGGGUGAGGGUGAGGCGUGGGGGAAGACGGAGACCCUUUUGGGACACCACACUGUGCGUCCUGGCGGCUGCUGGCAUGCUCACGCUCACCCUUCCGUUGCUGAUGAGAGAGCCAGAGCGUCCAAGUCUGAUGUGGGUACACCGCCAGACGCCGCGCCUCAAAACACAAAGGGCGGAAUCCGGACCAUGACUAAGGGGAAGAUGGAAGGCCUCUGGAAGGGAGCGGACGGCCAAUCAGCCAAACCGCAAAACGCCAAAGGGCGAAAGAUGCAAUACCAAAGGCAGCCCGGGCAUCAGGCGUGA